GCUGGAAAGGUAUUUAUGAAGCUUCCUGGAAAUUAUACUGAGUUAGAAAGGGAGGGGAACGGGUCCCCUGAGCACCGUGCCACCGUCCAGACCGCAGCUUCUCUCUUCUGGCACCAUGGCGUCUCCCAGACCGCCUUCCCCGGUGCCCACGUGGGCGUACCCCCAGCUUAUGAGAUGCUCAAGGAGGAACACGAGGUGGGGGUGCUGGGGGCUUCAGAGAGCCCAGCCUCCAUGACGACCACCGUGAUCAACAUCUGCAGUGAGACCUCCGUGUCCGACCACAUCAUCUGGUCCCUGUUCAACACCCUCUUCCUGAACGUGUGCUGCCUGGGCUUCAUGGCAUUUGCCUACUCCGCGAAGCCCAGGGACCAGAAGAUGGUGGGCAAUGUCCUUGGGGCCCAGAGCUAUGCCUCCACCGCCAAGUGCCUGAACGUCUGCACCCUGGUGCUGGGCAUCCUUCUGACCAUUGUGUUCAUCAUUAUUUUCGCCACUGGCUCCCUGAUGAUUUUCCAGGUGGUUUCACAGAUCUUAAAGGAGUAUGGAGACUACUAGUAGCUGCCCGCGGCCAUCCCUUCACAGCAGUUUAUACACACCCCCGUCUACAGCUGAAUAAAAGCCAGCAUUCCUGUG